AGAGAGAGAGAGAGAGAGAGAGAGAGAGAGAGAGAGAGAGAGAGAGAGAGAGAGAGAGAGACAGAGAGAAAGAGAGAGAGACAGAGAGAGAGAGAGAGAGAGAGAGAGAGAGAGAGAGAGAGACAGAGAGACAGAGAGAGAGAAAGAGAGAGAGAGAGAAAACAGGCUGUCUGCCUCAGGACCACUGCAUCUCCACUAAAUCUCUAGGCUGUCACACCAGCGCACAGCAGAGGAGAGGAGGAGAGAGCGGCGAAGAGUGAUUUCAAUAAGGACAUCAUUGGUACGUUAUCUGGGACAAACAUCGUCUGUCACGAAGAUCAAACUUAAAAAAGGAAAACUAGGUGAAAGGAAACGUCCCUUAGGAUCAUCCAUUGGAUUUGUCAGAUUGUUCCUGUUUCUCUUCAGAAGAAAACAUUGGAUUCUGUCUAUAUUCAGAAAAAAACAUUGGAUUCUGUCUAUAUUCAGAAAGAAGUCAAGGCAAGAGAAGGAUAACCCGUACUGGGACUGUUUGCUCCCUAACAGCUGAGUCAAUCAUACAGUAGGAGUGCAGGGGUGUUUCUGAGCUGGUUUCUCUGCACUACUCUCUCAUUCUGCUACUGAAGACACAUUUGGAGUAGGAGAGGAUUUCUCAAUGUCUGACACAUUCUUACUGACUGAUUUCCUACUCAAGUAUUUAUUUUUGACUGACUGAUGAACUGAGCUCGUUGCUCGUUGUUGCUACUGUUUUUCUGCUACUGCACAACUCUCUGAUACCACUGUCCUGUCUGAGCAUCCUCCUUCUCCCCCUCCUCGGCACCUCUGUCCUCCUCUUCCACUUCUACUCUGCCAGUUGAUGUCUUUUCUCUGCAUACUCUCCCACUGCUCUGCAGAACAACACACUCAUGGUCGAUGCCAAGGACCGUAAAAUGAAAUGUCUGACAUUCCUCUUGAUGCUCCCAGAGUCAGUUAAGAGCAAGUCGGCGAGCUCGAAGAGCUCCAAAAAGACAGUUAACGUCGGUGGCGCUUCCGGGGGUAGUACCGGGUCCAAGCUGCCGCCGGUGUGCUACGAGAUCAUUACCCUGAAGAAGAAGAAGAAGAUGGCAGCAGAUAUAUUCCCCAGUGCUAAGAAGCAGGGUGGAGGGUCGUCGGCCACAGUGCAGGAGUACCAACAACAGAACCUGAAUAAUAACAAUACAAUUCAGAACUGUAACUGGCAGGGGCUGUACUCUACCAUACGAGAGAGGAACUCUGUGAUGUUCAACAAUGAGUUGAUGGCCGACGUUCACUUUGUGGUUGGACAAACAGGAGGGACGCAGAGACUACCAGGACACAGGUAUGUUCUGGCUGUUGGUAGUUCUGUGUUCCAUGCCAUGUUUUAUGGAGAGCUGGCGGAAAACAAGGAUGAAAUCCGAAUUCCGGACGUGGAGCCUGCAGCAUUCCUGGCCAUGUUGAAGUACAUCUAUUGUGACGAGAUAGACCUGAGUGCUGACACAGUGCUGGCCACGCUCUACGCUGCUAAGAAGUACAUCGUGCCUCACCUGGCCAGAGCCUGUGUUAACUUCCUAGAGACUAGCCUGUCAGCUAAGAAUGCCUGCGUCCUGCUGUCACAGAGCUGUCUGUUCGAAGAGCCCGAACUCACACAACGCUGCUGGGAGGUUAUUGACGCUCAGGCAGAGCUGGCCCUGCGGUCAGAGGGUUUCACUGACAUCGACUCCCAGACACUAGAGAGUAUCCUCCAGAGAGAGACCCUCAACGCCAAGGAGGAGGUGGUGUUUGAGGCAGCUCUGAGCUGGGCCGAGGCAGAGUGUCAGAGACAGGACCUCACCACCUCCAUAGACAACAAGAGAAAGGUUCUUGGCAAGGCCGUGUUCCUGAUCCGUAUCCCCACCAUGGCAUUGGACGACUUCGCCAAUGGUGCCGCCCAAUCGGGCGUCCUGACCCUGAAUGAGACAAACGACAUCUUCCUGUGGUACACCGCUGCCAGGAAACCGGACCUCCUGUUCGCCAGCCAGCCACGGAAAGGGUUAUCUCCGCAACGCUGCCACCGGUUCCAAUCCUGCGCCUACCGCAGCAACCAAUGGCGCUACCGAGGGCGGUGCGACAGCAUCCAGUUCGCCGUGGACAAACGCGUCUUCAUCGCCGGGUUCGGACUCUACGGCUCCAGCUGCGGCUCGGCAGAGUACUCGGCUAAGAUCGAGCUCAAGCGCCAAGGCAUUCUCCUUGGACAUAACCUGAGUAAAUACUUCUCUGACGGUUCUAGUAACACGUUCCCCGUGUGGUUUGAGUACCCCGUGCAGAUAGAACCCGAUACGUUCUACACGGCUUCUGUAGUUUUGGAUGGGAACGAGUUGAGUUACUUUGGACAGGAAGGAAUGACAGAGGUGCAGUGUGGGAAGGUGACGUACCAGUUCCAAUGUUCGUCAGACAGCACAAAUGGGACAGGAGUACAGGGCGGUCAGAUACCUGAACUCAUUUUCUACGCCUAAAGGAACACAAUGAAAUGGACAUUACCAUUACUGACUUUAGUGAAGUUGGGUAACAGUUGCCCCAAGUCGCUGAUGUUGGGUCAGUUUUACAUUUGCCCCACUAGUAGGAUUAAGGUAGGGGAAACUGAUCCUAGAUGAAACGUCAUCCCGGAGUGAAUUUGAUGCCCAUGGAGAUGUGCUUGU